CGCUGCGCUCCCCGCGCUCAUUCAUUGCGCGCUCCGCUCGCCACCCGCCGCUCCGCGGUAGCCACAGCCCGGGAAAUGCUGGCCCGAGAGCUGCUCUCCCUGCUCGCCCUGCUCUGUGCUCCCAGCGCUUCUGCCUCCGCCGUGGAUGAGGACGAUGACUACGAGCUCAUGUACGUCAACCUGGAUAAUGAAAUCGAAGGUCCGGCCCCUGCGGCUGAGGAAGCUGCUGCGUGCGAGUGCCAGCGGGAGCACAGCAAGUGGGACAAGCUGUUCAUCAUGCUGGAGAACUCGCAGAUGAAGGAGAACAUGAUGCUGCAGGCUCUGGACGAGCUCCCCAGGCUGCAGCUGCAGACCCUGAAGGCAGAGCUGAGCCAGCUCACCACCACCCUGGCGGGCGCCUUGGCCACUGUCACCUCCCAGGUGGUGGCCCAGGUGGAGCAGGUGCUGCAGAGGAGCAGGGAGCAGGCUGAGGAGGCCAGGAGGCUGCAGGAGUGGGAGCAAGGGAAGCUUCUGGAGCACGUCCUGCAGCUGAGCCACAACGUGUCCGCGAGGCUGGGCUGGCUGGAGAGCGCCUGGCGUGGCAGGGCCGAGCAGCAGGCACAGCAAACAGCCCUGCAGGAUGAGCUGGGUGCCAGCAGAGGGGACAGUCCCAUCCUGACCCAGGUGUGGAGGGAGCUGCAGCAGACCCGGGCCGAGCUGAAGGUGUCACAGCAAUGGGCAGCUCAGCACCUGCUGCCAGCAGGCUGUGAAACUGCCAUUCUGUUCCCCAUGCGCUCGAGGAAGAUCUUCGGGAGUGUCCACCCCACCUCUGCAAUGACCCUGAGCUCCUUCACUGCCUGCAUCUGGCUCAAGGUGACCGAGGCCUUGGACAAAACCAUCGUCUUCUCCUACGGAACCAAGUUCAACCCCUACGAGGUGCAGCUCUACCUGAGCCGGGACUCGGCCGUGCUGGCUGUGGGGAGUGCCCAGCACAAGUUAGCUGCCAGAAACGUGGUUAUUCCUGGGAAAUGGCUCCACCUGUGCGGCACCUGGAGCUCAGAGAACGGAUCUGCAUCGCUGUGGGCACAGGGGCAGCUGGCAGCCAGCGCCUGGGACGUGGCUGGGGCUCACACCAUCCCUGCUGGGGGCAUCCUGCAGCUGGGGCAGGAGAAGAACGGCUGCUGCAUGGGAGGGGGGUUUGAUGAAGCUCUGGCUUUCUCAGGGAAGCUGACUGGCUUUAACCUGUGGGACAGAGUGCUCAGCCCCGCUGAGGUGACAGCUCAGAGCGUGGGGGACACCUGUGGCAGCCGGGGCAAUGUGGUGGGCUGGGGGGUGACAGAGGUGCUGCCCUACGGAGGAGCCCAGUUCGUGUCCUAAAGCCUGGGCACGGAUUUGCCAGAGCUGAACUCGUGGUACCAGCAGCAGAGCUGCACAGCCCCUCCCUGCCUCUGGAAUUCCCAAGGAACAUCAGCACUGCGAGAUGGGAUCGAUCUCUGCCUGCUGUCCUGGCCAAACCCCAAAAACACCCCACAGAUCAAGGCAUGGCACUGGGAAAGCUGCUCCUGGGGCCAGGAAACUCUGUCUCUCCAGCCCAGGGCUUUCUGAUGUGUAAAGGGAGGGUCACCGUGGACAUUCAGGAGCCGAUGGAGCUCCUGACGUCCCUGCUGAGGAAAACCUGACCUGGCUCUGCAGAACAGAGCAGCUGAGGCUGCCCCUGCAUCCCUGGCAGUGCCCAGCUCCAGGCUGGACACUGGGGCUGGAGCAG